AUUCGAAACAAAGCAGUUACGUAUUGCAUCUCAGAGGGCGUCGAAAAUACUAAAGUCUGGCCUGAAGAAGAAGAAUGGGAACAAUUUGUUUAAACAUGAAAGCUCGAUAAACGUUACUGAUAUUUUAAAAAAUAUUGAGAUCAGAACCUCAAGAGAACUCCUAAUCAGAGAUGAUAGUGCGUACAUUGUGGUGGGUGGCCUAACAGGCUUAGGUUGGUUGAUAAUCAAAUACUUAUCAAAAAGAAAAGCAAAGAAAAUAAUAUCAUUAUCGAGACGUUCUCUUUCCGAUGAAAUAGAAAAACGAAUUCAAAACAUAAAGAAUUUGCAUGGAGUCGAGAUUAUUCACAGGGAAGUUGAUAUCACCAAUUUAAACAAUCUUACUAAAGUUAUUAUGUCAAUUCAACAAGAAAUGCCAAGCAUUCCAAUUCGAGGCGUUUUACACGGCGGCGCUGUAAUUAAUGAUAGCACAGUACCAAAAAUGACGCAAGAAAAAUUUGAAUUGCCUAUUAUAGUGAAGGUCCUUGGUACUUGGAAUCUCCAUCAUGUUACUAAAUAUAUGGAUCUUGAUAUAUUUACUAUGCACUCCAGUGUAGCCUCUGUAUUUGGUAACUACUCUCAAACAAAUUAUGCAGCAGCCAAUGCAUUUCUAGACAGUUUUGCUUAUUACAGAAGAUCAUUAGGACUCCCAGCACAGGUCAUAAACUGGGGAGCCUUAGACGUUGGAAUGGGAUCAGACCCAACAUUAAAAGACAUCUUUUUUCACAAAGGCAUUACUCUAUUGUCUACUGGCCAAAUAUGCAAUUCACUUACACAAAUGUUCCUCUCAGAUCAAGUUCAAGGAAUAUUUGUGGAUUUUGACAUCAAGCGCUUUUUUACUGCUAGUAACUUAAAAUUGAAGGCAUCGAAAUAUGCUCGACUAGUCUCUGACAGAGAAAAGUCUGCCCCAGAGGCUGAUUCUGGGGGAGAAACAACUUAUGAGUCCUGUGGAAAUAUGGUUGAUCUUAUCAAACAAAUUGCAGCACAUGUUUUGAUGAUGGACGUUUCAGAAAUUGAAGAUACAAAUUCCCUUGCCCAAUAUGGGGUAGACUCGCAAAAUUCAAUUGAGAUCAUUAACACAAUUUUUUCAGAAACAAAAGUAACGAUUCCUAUUUUGCUCGUGAUGUCGGGUGACUUUUCUAUACAAGAACUAGCUGAUUUUCUAUCAAAAAAGAUGUCAGACAGCACCUCAGAUGAAUUAAGCAGUGACAGACAUAUUUCGGAAAGUACUUCAAUGGUUAAAAAAUAUCUUGAUAGCGACCGGUUACAACAGUCCUCCUAUGUAUUCUCCUUUUCAAUAUCCCCUUCCAUAAACAGACCAGAAUUCUGGAGAAGGGUAAUGCAAUUUUUUGCUAGGUUAAAUCCAGAAAUACUUGUUUAUGCCACUGGAGGAAACGACCCAACAGAUUCAUCAGAAAAUAAUGUGGAUAUUGAAGAUUUCAUUAUUCCAUUUGAGCAUAUUCAAACAAACGAAGUACUACAAACAAAAAUAGCAGAAAAUAAAGACACGCCUUUGUCUGUAAUUUAUGAUGAAAAAAAAAAUAAAGCCAAUCUUAAUAUAUCUUGUAAUCGUACGCACUUUGAUGCUUUUUGUGGGAAAAUUAUUCAAAAAGACUUACAAAAAAUCGCAACUUAUCUCAUUGCCAAAAAUGACGUUCCUUCGUGGCUUGAUAAAGCAAACGUUGAUUUGCUUUCAUUAUAUAGCAGCAAAUUGCACAUUGUUGCAACAAAUUCUAAAAAUUAUUGGAGGCACCGUCUUCGUUUGUGUAGUGCAUCAGCAAGUUUGAAAUCCAAAUUCCCUAUGCUGGAGCCCAAAUAUGAGAAGGGCAGAAUACCAAUUCCACUGACUGAUGUUAACCAUCUUAGAGAACUUUUAAGUAAAAAUGGAUGGACUAUGUGCAACAUUGUGACCAGUGCAUUUCAGAUAGCUCUGCAUAAAAUAACUAAUAUAGAAAGAGUCCCAGUAUUGUUGGAGGUUGACUUGCGUUCAUGGAUUCAGGAAUGUCAGCUACAUGUCCUAGCUUGUGCAAACCAUGUGCCAUUGGUAUCCCCAAAUUUUAUAAGACCUGGAUUAACAAUGCAUGAAAUUCUUAAUGAAAAUGAACAAAAUGUGAAGGAAGGAACAUCAAACUGUCUUUAUCCAUUCUCUGCCAUCAUGGAGUUACAAGAAUUCGAUAGCAAAUUACACAAAACCCAUUCUUUUUUGUUCGACACAACCGAUUUUGCUGAUCACCAGUAUAUAAAUUUCACAUCAACUCAGAUCGAAAAAAAUCCCAGUUUUGAAACAUUGCUCUAUGCACUAUAUAAUAAAAUGGAACAGACACUGUUAUUAGAAUUUCAUUUCUGCCCAGGACGUGUUUCUUCGUACACCGCAUCCAUAUUGGCUGAGUCUGUGUUGAAUUUCAUUCAAACACUUUCCGAAAAUCACACAAAAACCCUGAGAGAGUUGCAAUUACGGUCCACAAUAGGAAGAGGUUCAAUGUCUUCUCCAAAAGGUAAAAAUAAGUCAUUUGGAUAG